AUGCAGCUUUCUAAAAUACUCGCUAUUCUGGCCAUUGCCAUUUCGGCCAACGCCGAAGCUGGCAAUAUCAACACCAACAACGCCAUAGUUGCUCGAUCAAGCGUCCCGUAUGCCAACACGUUUCAGCCCUAUGCAUUGCUAUUACGUAGAUGUCCAAAACUCUCAUCUUUAAACACCAAGAUUUCCGACAUCACGUUCCGGAAUGCACCUAAUGUGCACAAACCCAACGCCGGAUUUCACAAGACAGAUCGUGGCGCACCGAUCCCAGCGGCCUGUUGUUUCGGUCGCCGGACAGGACUCGAGGGAGCGCCGGACCGUCGUGGUCUUGGUCUCGCGCUGCACGUAGCUGUCGACGCAUGUGUCCCGCCCGGACUUGCACGGGUUCCGGGUCAUGUAGACCACGGUCUCCUGCUUAAAGAUGUUGCCCUAUCAGUCGCCUUUGCGCGCCACGGCCUUGAGGGCAGCCACCAGGUCCCCGGGAAGACCCAGGACAUAGGCGAUGCACUUGCAAUGUGGCAGUUGCUACCGGGUCUCUCGGCGGGCGUCGCGUCGCAAGUGUUGCCGUUGCCGAGCAGCCUGAUCUUGUCAAAGGUUUCGGCAAAGGGACGUGGCUAUCCGUCUUCGACCGCGCCAUUCUUGGUUGCGAUAUUGAUUUGGAUCCUCUCCCGCAAGACGGGCCCGCUUUUGUAG